AUGGGCCCUAUAAGUACUUGGUUUGGUGGCCGGCCAGAACCAGUGCCCAAGGGACCGGCGAGCCUACUUCACGUGUGCAGUCGUCGUCCCGCUUCCUCGCAGAGAGCAACGUCCACCUUGCAGCUCACCGGCACCUUCAUCAUCCUACGACCUCGAGACAGCAACGCCAGUCUGUCGGGCCCAUCGGCGGCUCCUUCAAUCCGCCCGCCGCGUUGCCUCCCCCCCCUCGCCCUCCGCCCGGUCCCGCCACCGUCCUGCCACGGCCGACCCGGAGCUGCCUCCCUGGCCAACCUCGAUCCCGCUCCCGCUCCUACCGCGGUUCCCGGCCGCGGAGAGGUCGUCGUGGACCAAGUUCGCCAUCCUCGUUCCCCCCUCGACGCCUCCGACCACCCAUCCACCCCGCCCCCCGACCCAGCACCUCUCAGCACAGCCAUCUCAGCACCAACCCCCACGACGCCACGACGAGUCCGCGAUCGAGGAGCCUCGUCAGGAGCCUCGGCCGUUGCGAACAUAGCAUCUUCCGCAGCCAGAGCUCCCGAAGCCUCGACCCCCGCGCCCCAAGUCUUGGGCCGACGACGGCGGUCCUCGGGCUCCCAGCCGCAGGGAGAGUCGGUAGCCUCAUUCGCCGACGCCGACGCCGACGCCGACGCCGACUCCUCAUCCGCCGGAGCCGCUGCCGAGCACCCUCCUAAGCGAAGAAGACGUGAUAGCAUUGUCAUGUUGGUCGACGGCAGCGAAACCGGCCACUCGAACGGCAGCGCCGCACCCCGGUCCAACGGAUCGACGACGGCAUCGCCCAACGGCGUCACUAACGGAGCCCGCAAGCUAUCGCUGACGACGAACGGAUCCUCGAAUGGCGAGAGGACCGCGGCGACGACCUACUUCGGCCACAACCGCGAAGAGGUCACGAGGAUCCUGAUCCAGGCGCUCUCCGACAUGGGAUACCAGGCGGCGGCCGAGAGCGUCAGCCGGGACAGCGGCUACAGCCUGGAGAGCCACACCGUCUCCGCCUUCCGCUCCGCCGUCCUCGCCGGCUCCUGGGCCGAGGCCGAGGAGCUGCUGGCCGGCGCUGCCUUGGCCGAGUCGUCGGCGGCGGCGGCGAGUCAAGGAGGCGGGAGCGGCGGCGGCAACGGAAACGGAAACGGUCUCGUCCUCGCCGCCGCCGCCGAUCGGGACCUGAUGAAAUUCUGGCUACGGCAGCAAAAGUUCCUCGAGCUGCUGGAGGAGAGAGAGAUGGGCCGCGCCCUCGUCGUUCUGCGGGGCGAGUUGACGCCGCUCUACCAGGACACGGACAAGCUGCACUUCCUGUCGAGCCUGCUCAUGUGCACCUCGGCCAAGGAUCUCAUGGCAAAGGCCCAGUGGGACGGCGCCCAAGGGCUGUCACGCAAGCAGCUGCUGUCGGAAUUGUCUCGAUUCAUCUCUCCCUCGGUCAUGCUGCCCGAGAGCCGGCUCGCCGUCCUCCUCGAGCAGGUGAAGCAGAGACAGAUCGACACCUGCCUCUACCACACGGCCGCCACGCCGCCGUCGCUCUACUCGGACCACUUCUGCAACCGGCAGAAGUUCCCCAGCGUCGCGGCCCUCGAGCUGACCGACCUCGGCGGAGAGGUGUGGCAGGUGCAAUUUUCGCACGACGGGUCCAGGCUGGCCGCCAGCGGAAGCCUGGACAACGUCGUCAUCUGGGACACGAACACCUUUGCCGUCGUCGGCAGCCUCGCGGAUCACGAGAUGGGCGUCGGCAACCUCGCGUGGAGCCCGGACGACGCGCUGAUUGUGACGUGCUCGCAGGACAAGCUUGCGCGCCUCUGGGAUGUCAAGACAGGUUCCUUGCUCAAGAAGAUUAGAAGGUUUGACGAGCCGGUCAGCGGCUGCGUUUGGGCAGCCGACAGCGCGUCCUUUGUCCUCGGCACCCUUGACAAGAAUCACAGCCUCUGCACUUAUCAGGUGCACGACGAUACCAUGCUCGAAUGGGGCAAGAAGCAUCGGAUCCAGGACAUAUGCGGCUCCGCCGACGGCCGCUGGCUCGUGGCCGUCGACGACAUCUGCACCAUUCACGUCUACAACGGCCGCUCGCGCGAGCUCGAGUUCAAUUUGGACGUGGGCGUGCGGCCGACGUCGGUGAGCAUCAGCCAGGACUCGCGCCAUCUCCUCGUCAACAAGCAGGACAACGAGGCGCUCCUCAUCGACCUCGUGACGAGAAACUCGGUCCAGAAGUUCGUCGGCCACACGGGGGGCGAGUACCUGAUCAGGAGCGCCUUUGGCGGCGCCAACGAGAGCUUCGUUGUCAGCGGGAGCGAGGACGGCAACCUGUUCAUCUGGCACAAGACGACGGGGGUGCCGGUCGAGAGGCUGCACGCGCACAUGCCGCGGUGCAACGCGGCGACGUGGAACCCGACGGAUCCUUGCAUGCUGGCUUCAUGCGGAGACGACGGCCGUGACGCCGCCGACGCCGCCGAAGUCGACGGCAAUGACGAAGGCGACGACGAAGGCGACGACGGUGAGGACGAGAGUGUUUGCGUCACCGUCGCCAGCUUCAGCAACUACUCGUAUGAGGACGGGGCCGGGUACGACGGGGACGGGUACGAAGGGUACGGGUACGGGGACGCGUACGACGAGGACGGGGACGGGGACGGGGACGGGGACGAGGAUGAGACCGAAGACGAGGAUUAG